AUGUCACACUUAGAUGGAGCACCUUCCAAUAAAAAGACCUCAAGAACCUUCUUUCCUCCCACUGUUUUGCCUUCAUCGGUCACAUCUGAUACGUCACCAUUACAGAAGGAACUACUGACACACCGAAGAUGCCACAAACAGCAGGAGAAGCUUAAUCAGUUACUAACUGAUCGAGCUUUAAAAGCCUAUCACACAUCCAAGGAAGAAAAAUGUCACAGAGAUCCUGUCCCUCCUAUCCCACAACUGCCGUCCACUACAAACUAUCUCUUUAUGAAGAAGUGUGUGGAACGUAAUCCGGUGGUUCCCAUUCAGCAGCAGUGGCUGAUGUCCAUGCUCAAGUUGGUGCCACGGUCACUUAUGGAAAGCAAAGUUAGACAGCUGGUAGUUGGAAAGCUUUUAGAGGAGAUAAUAAAGGAUUAUGAAACAAGUAUGAGAAGAUUUAUGGUGCGAAGUGUUCUUAUUAAACCAAAUGUAGAAGGACUUGAAGAUGAAGAGGAGGCACCUUUGCCUUCAUUACCUCUAGGCCUGGAUUUUUCUAGACCAUGGCAUAACACUUUUCUCCAAGCAAAAAAGAAAAUCCUUUCCAACUUGCAUAUUCUCCACCCCACAAUGCAAACACUGCUGGCUUUUGGCUAUGAUGCAUUCUCUACCUUUUUUAUAGUGGAUUUCUCAAGUUUCAGAUUGAAAAGACCUGUUGACUGUGAAUCUUUAAAGACUGAUGUCUCUCUAAGCUGUUCUAAAGCUGAAGAGAAGAUACUAAAUGGGUGGUAUCAAAGAGUCAUCAGGCUCUUUUGUCAGAAGAAGGCCUUGAAUGGUGUGAAGCUGGAUAAGACUGACUCUUUUUAUAACUGUGUGGCUGUACUUAUGUCGAAUCAGCUGAAAGAAUUAUUGAGAAGAACGGUUGAAGCUUUUGUGAAACUUUUUGAUCCUGAAGACAGAAGUUGUCUACCUUUAUUUAAGAUGGAAUUGAUUCUUCAUGAAAAGACAAUGAUGUUUUAUCCAAGCCUCCAAGACCUAGAAGAAGCAAUUCUGUUUAUAGUGAAUCGUGUCAGUCAGACUCUCCAG